CACCUAUAUUAUCAUUAUCAUAAUUAUAUCAUUUCCUCUUAUAUUCUUUUAUAUAUAUAUAUAUAUUAAGACAAUUUCUUAUGAUAUCACUACCAUAGCUUGUCUUUUUCUGUCUGAUCCUCUCUCUCUCUCCCCUUGACAUCUCUAUAAAUACCCUCAUCCUCCUUUCAUUUCUUCCCAACCACACCAAACAAACAUACAACAUACAUAUAUAUCAUAACCCAAUAACAAGCUUGCUAUAUAUAUUCAUAUAUAGUAACCCUAGCUAUCUAGGUCUAUAUAUAGAAAGAGAGAGAGAGAUUAAUUAUGUCUGGGGUUUGGGUUUUCAAGAAUGGUGUAAUAAGGCUAGUGGAGAACCAAGGAGAGUCUUCUUCAUCAUCUUCUGAAGCAGGUGGGAAUACUAGACAAGGGUCUCGUAGUAGAAAAUCUCUUGUACACUUGCCAAGUGGACAAGUAGUUCAAUCAUAUUCUUUUCUGGAGCAAAUUUUGACCGGUUUAGGUUGGGAAAGGUAUUACGGGGGUGACCCUGACCUCUUCCAAUUCCAUAAGACUUCCUCCAUUGAUUUGAUAUCUCUUCCCAGAGACUUUUCCAGGUUCAACUCAGUUUACAUGUACGACAUCGUCAUCAAAAACCCUAAUAUCUUCCAUGUGAGAGAUAUGUAAUUAAUUAAUUAUUUGUUUCAUCUUUAAUUUCUCUUGUACGUCGAUGAUCGAUAUCGACCUUUUAUUGGCAGUUUGGUACGUUUGUUUGUUUGGUUUUCAUAUAUGUUAUUAUCAUUGUAGAAAAAUGGAGUGUUUAAUUUAUGAUUGGUUUUCAUAAUCAGUUCAUCAAUUUAGUGUUUUUUUUUUUUGGUUUGGAAGUUUGUGAUCAUCACCAUCAGCUCUGUCAUAUAUAAAUAUAUAUAUAUAUAUAUAUGAUGACUUUUGUAAACAUAUAUAUAUAAUUCAAUAAAUCAUCAAUAUCAACUAUUAUUAUCAUUCUCCGUGUCUCUUUAUAUUUUUGUUGUUUUUAAACAAAAUCUAAUUCUAAUGAUAAAUAUAUAUAUACCAUACUUACCAAUGAUUGUUAGUUUAAUUGGGGUGAUGGUUCUUGCGAAAACAAACCAAGGAAAAUUCGUUCGAAUAGCUGCUGUAUGCCAUGUCAUCAUGAUGAAGUGGGGUUAAUUAGGGCAAUGAGUAGUGUGUUUCAAGCGAAGAGACAAUACAAAUUUAAUAUAUUUCUUAUAGAAUUUUUCUAGGGUAGGACAUUUACUUUAUAGUCCCUACGUGUGAGGCAUUCAGCUGAGUAAUGUUAUUGGUCAAGUGUAUAACAUUAUAAUAGUACUAGGUGCACCUUAUUAUUAUUUUCAUUAUGGAUUUUAUAAUGGACGCAUAUUUUAUUUUUUUUUUCUGUCUUUUCUAAAGGGAGGCAUAAAAUUCUUUUGAUAACAAUCAAUGGAGAAAUUACGGUGGAGAUGAUGUAUGGUUUACUUGACAU